UCUUAUGAUUAAGUUUUUAAAGAUUAUUUUCUAGAUAAAAUUAUUUAUUAGUUCUAGUCAAACUGAUUCAAUCGAAAAAUGUAUAUAGUACUUAAUAAAUGAAUUAAAGACGCUAUCUCUGUUAUCAUAGUUGAAAUCAUGGGCUCACCUGAUCUUUCAAUAUUCAACCGAUUUUCAAAAGAUCAAUUGACAUAUCAUUUUCAUUCAAUGGAAGGUAAAAAAGAUCUAAUUAUAGAGGAAGAGUUAAUGAAACCCCUUGAUCAAAUAAGUGGAGGUGUAUCCUAUUUACGGCAACAAGGUGUGGAGAAAAUCUUUAAACUUCACGAUCAUUGGGAAAAUGGAGGAGAGUCCCAGAAAAUGAUUAUACUGCGACCAUAUCCUGAAAGUGUGAAGUUAGUUGUCAAUGGUGUGAAGAAUGACAAGAUGAAGAAUAUCUCACAUAAAUAUUACUUAGUUUUUACUCCCAAAAAAUUAAAUGUCUGCGAUAAAAUCUUAGAAGAAGAAGGAGUGUUUGGGGAUGUUAUAAUAAAUGAAUAUCCCCUUGACUUUAUUACUUUGGAUGUUGAUGUUAUAUCACUUGAACUGCCAGUUUUUUACACUCAUUUAUUUCUAAAUAAAGAUACAACUUGGUUGUACAUUAUGGCUCGAGCAUUACAAAUCAUUGAAGGAUUUUUGGGGAAAAUUCCGAAAGGUGUUUGCAUUGGUAGAAGGUCCAAGCUUCUUUACGAUUUACUACAAACUUUGUCAUCAAAUGAACCGUCACACAAUCAUCCAACAGAAAUUGGAUCUUUUAUUAUUGUUGAUCGUGAUAUAGAUUAUGUUAGCAUGAUGUGUUCACAGCUAACGUAUGAAGGUUUAGUUGCAGAAACAUUUGGUAUAAAAACUGGCAUUGUUGAGUUUGGCAAAGAAGUAACUGGUUCAGAUAAAAAACUAUCAGUGCUACUGAAGUCUUCUGAUCAAGUCUUUGAUGAAAUACGUGGUAUGCAUAUAACUAAUGUCUUUACACUUUUAAGUCAGAGAGCGAAACACCUACAAAGUGGUUUUGAGAAACGCAACCAAUUAGACACAGUAAAAGAGUUUAGACAAUUUGUUUCAGAAGAUUUGGGUAUGCUGAAACAACAACAAAAAUCAUUAGCCAUGCACAUUGGUGCUUGUGAGAGAAUAAUGCAAGCUAAGCAAGAAAAUUAUUUUGAAGACUGUCUUCAUGUAGAACAAUGUGUUCUAGAUGAUUUAGAAUCUAAAGAAUGCAUAAAUUUUAUUGAAAACUGUAUUAACAAGCAGAGUGAACAGCACCAUUGCUUGCGGUUGCUAUGUUUACUUUCUCUUUGUAAAGGAGGAAUUGACACUAUUUUAUAUAAAUCAUUGAAGCGACAAUAUUUACAGAGUUUUGGCUAUAAACAUAUUGUUACAAUGAAGAAUCUAGAAGUUCUUGGCUUGUACACUCAAAAUACAGAUGUAUGCAUUUACAAUUAUUACUUAUAUGCGAAAAGAAACAUAUUUCCAAAACUAAAACGCAAGUUCAAUUUGAUACCUAAAGAUCCUGGUGCUGUUAAAUCUUCAGCAAAAGAUCUAUCAUAUGUUUUUGGUGGUGCGUAUACCCCAUUUAUACCAAAGUUAGUUGAACUGAUUAUACAAAAUGGUUUUUCUCAACAGCUCGAAGAAUCUCUCCGCGCAUUUCAAAUAAAUACAUUUGAACACAAACAAGACAAUGCUGUUAAAGAUGUUUCUGGUGUAAAUAAGGCAUCGUUACAAGUUUUAAAAACAGUAUUGGUUGUAUUUAUGGGUGAUUGCACACACACUGAAGUAAAUGCACUGCGUUUUAUUGGCAAACAGCUUGGCUACAAACUCAUAAUUUUAACUGGAUCAAUCGUCACUUCUAAGGAUUUCUUAAACAAACUUAUCGUGCCCUGACCCAAAUAAAUUUUGUUGUAAAGAGAUCAGCAUUUGACGUGGUAUAAUGCGAAAUUACGAAAAAAUUCAUAAUAUAAUAAUAUACUCAAUUGCAAUUUUAAAGUUUACCGUUUAUAUUAAAAUUUUAUUUAAAAUAUAGAUAUUAUUAGUUAGCUGAUACAAAAGCACUCUUUUAUUUAGUUGAUGUUUUAAAGUUAAAAUUACUUCCUGGCUAUUUAUAAAUUGGAAGUUCUGAGAAUUUAUUUUACGAAUAAAAAUGCGGUUUUUUAGUUAUUAUUAUA